AUGGCUUCUGGACCAGCUACCCAGUCGCUGAAAUGCGUCGUUACUGGUGAUGGUGCUGUAGGCAAGACCUGUCUGCUCAUUUCUUACACUACCAAUGCCUUUCCUGGAGAAUAUAUCCCCACAGUGUUCGACAACUACUCUGCCAGCGUGAUGGUAGACGGAAAGCCCAUCAGUCUUGGAUUGUGGGAUACUGCUGGACAGGAAGAUUACGACAGACUCCGUCCUCUCUCCUAUCCGCAGACGGACGUGUUCCUGAUAUGUUUCUCGAUCGUCAGCCCGCCAUCCUUCGACAACGUCAAGGCAAAGUGGUUUCCCGAGAUCGAGCACCACGCGCCAAAUGUACCAAUCAUCCUCGUUGGCACCAAACUCGACUUGAGGGAAGACAGGGCCACCGCGGACGCUCUCCGGGCUAAGAAGAUGGAACCCGUUUCAUACGAACAGGCACUCGCAGUCGCGAAAGAGAUCAAAGCUCAGAAAUACCUUGAAUGCUCGGCUCUGACCCAGCGCAACCUUAAGAGUGUCUUUGACGAAGCUAUCAGGGCCGUGUUAAACCCUCGCCCAACCCAGAAACCGAAGAGAAAGUGCCGAAUACUUUAA